ACGUCCACGACGCGGCAGACUAUCCAUGGCGUUGGCGCGUCGGGAGCGUGGUGGACGCUUGACCUCGCGCUCUUUCCGGAUGAUGUUCGCCAGAACGUCUCCAACCUGCUCUUGAACCAGAAUAGUCUCGGCCUCACCGAUUAUCGAUACAACCUUGGAGGCGGUGGAGUCGGUAUCACUACAUGGGAUAGGGCACCGGAGACUCCAUACGUUAGGAAGUCAGACUGGCAUCCCACCGUAUGCCAUUCAGGUACUUACUACCUCAAGGAAGCUGCUCUGCAAGGUGUGCCCGUGUUCACGCUAUUCGUGAACAGUGCCGUGAGUCCGAUGACUAGCAACAAUCAAAGCUGUGGGGGCAACCUCGUCACG